GGGAAGCCGCACGCUUGCAGUUGAGAGAAACUCCGCUCCGGGCCAGGGCUGUUUUGCAGCGGCGUCAUCGUCACCCUCGAAAGGCAAAACAACCGCCCAGUUCCUCCUCUCCUCCUUCGGUACGGUACCUGCGCCUUUUCUUCUUGUUUGGUUUGUUUUAAGGGCGGGCCCAGAGUUUUUCUCUUUUGACCGGACGAGGAAGGCAGGCAGGCAGGCAGGCAGGAAGCGAGCCUCCGGCCGAGGAGAGAGCAGGCGGCAGUGGAGCGAGCCUCCCCUCAAAGGCAGAGGCGGACGGGGAGGGAGAAGGCGCUCGGCCCGGGGCCCAGCCGGGCAGGCAGGCAGGGAGGGAGCCAGCCAGCCCUUCCUCCCGAUGUGCACGAAGAUGGAGCAGCCCUUCUACCCUGACUCCUUUUUCUCCGGCUACAGCCAGGAGUACAAGGCGGCCCUCAAGCCCGGCAUGGCCCUCAACCUCUCCGCCGAGCCCUUCCGCGCCCUCAAGGCCCCGCUGCCCCACCAUCACCACCCGCACGGCCAGCACCACCAGCACCACCUCCGCGGCCAAGAGGACGGCGGCGGCGGCGGCGGGGGCUACUUCCAAGGGCAGCCCCAAGCCUCGGAGGGCGGGAGCUCCUCUCUGAAGCUGGCCUCUCCGGAGCUGGAGCGCCUCAUCGCCCAGAACAGCCACGGCGUGAUCACCACCACUCCGACGCCGCCGGGCCAGUACUACUUCCCCCGGGGCCCCACCGAGGAGCAGGAGGGCUUCGCCGACGGCUUCGUCAAGGCCCUGGACGACCUCCACAAGAUGAACCACCUCCCGCCCCCCAACGUCUCCAUCGGGGCAGUGGCCGCGGCUGUGUCCUCCUCCUCCUCGCCCUCUUCCUCCUCCUCAUCGUCCUCCUCCUCCUCCUCCAGCAACGGCUAUGGGGCCUCCAGCCUCCCCCAGGAGCCUCCUCCGGUCUACACCAACCUGACCAGCUUCAACCCUCAAGGUGCCCUGGGCGCCGCCUCCUCCUCGCCCGGCUUCCCCAGCGCCAACCUGAGCUACCUGCCUCACCAUGGCCUGGGCCUGGCCCACCACCCUCCUCCUCCUCCCCCUUCAAGGGGUGCCUUCAAGGAGGAGCCCCAGACGGUGCCGGACGUCCAGAGCCCGCCGGUGUCGCCCAUCAACAUGGAGGACCAGGAGCGCAUCAAGGUGGAGCGGAAGCGGCUGAGGAACCGUCUGGCGGCCACCAAGUGCCGGAAGAGGAAGCUGGAGCGCAUCGCCCGCCUGGAGGAGAAGGUGAAGACCCUCAAGAGCGACAACGCCGGCCUCUCCAGCACCGCCAGUGCCCUCCGGGACCAGGUGGCCCAGCUCAAGCAGAAGGUCAUGAGCCACGUCAACAGCGGCUGCCAGCUCCUCCUCACCGCCAAGAUGCAACAGUCUUUCUGAGGGGACACUUUGUGGGGGCAGAGGAGAUGGGGCCCACCACGGCCAUCCUCUUCCACAGCCCCAGAGACACUGUUCGGUGGGUUGAGAGGGGUCUCAGGACACCCAACAGAAAAGUUUACAUGGGACUCCCGCGCGCACCCCGCCCCUGGGUGGCCAGCUCUCCUUGUUUUCCAAGUUGUGGUGUGUAUGAUGACGACAACAACAACAUCCGUGACUCUUCUUUCUCUCUCGAUCUGGUGGAUCCAGAAGCCGACCUGUGCCCAGUGUGUACGAGUUGCUGUUUUGUUGUUUUUCAAAAACCAUAGCUGUCUGUGAGAGUGAAUUUUGUGUGUCUGUAUUUAAAAGGAAGAAAAAGGUCUUCUCCCACCCAUUGCUGGAUGGUGCGGUGGAAGUGGAGGUACUCUGGACAGAGUCCAAAGAAGAAACUGGCCUCCUGCUGCUGCUGCUGCUGCUUGGUGCCAGGAGGGAAAGGGAUGGUCUUCUUUAUAACGGGAGCCAAAGGGACCAGAAGAAGAGGCUGGCGGUGGGAUCUCUGCCGCCGCCGCUACACCCCUCAUCCUUCAAGGGGCCUCCGCAUGGACAAAAGGGGCCACCCUGGAGCGGGGAGGGGUUGGUUGUUUACUACUUGUGCUCUUAUUUCUUUUUUGAGUCCUCAAAUUCAUAUUUUUUGUUCUCCUUGAAAAGAUUGUAUUUGUGUUUUUGAAUUUUUAUUGAAACUAUUUAAGUAAACAUGUUCUAACUACUUUAA